ACAUACCUUUUGUCUCUUGUAACACUGAAAUACAGAGGCAGUUCCUAAUUUGAACUCAUCUUGAAAUCACAUUAUCACCUGGGGUAAAAUAUGAGGAACACAGCUCUCAUUUUAAUUUCUGCUUUAAUAGUCCCAGCUUUGCUAGCUGACAAAGGCAAGAACUAUGCCAAGGAAAAUGUUUGCCAAGAGCUCAAAGCUAUAGGAAUCGAAAAGUUCAAAGAAAUGGUCACUGUCCUCUACAGUCAAAAGUUCCCAAAUGGCACAUUCCAGGAGGUCAGUUGCGUGGCAGAUGAAAUGACCAAGCUUGCAGAAAAAUGCUGCAAAGACGAUGCCAGCCCUGACUGCUAUGAUAAAGGAGCCACAGAGAUCUCUGAGAAGUCAUGCGGAAAGGACUCUCCAUUCCCUAAACACCCAGGCAUCGAGCAGUGCUGCACACUUCAAGGUCAAGAGAAGAAACUCUGCCUGGCCUCGCUACGGUACUCCUCAGAAGAGCUGCCUUCCCUGCUCGAGCCAACAAAUGAAGAGAUCUGCACCGAGUUCACUAAAGACGAAAAGGACUAUGCAGUCAGGUAUGUGUAUGAGUUUGCCCGGAGGCACAGAAACAUCCCAGCAGGCUUUGUUCUUAAUGCUACUCAGAACCAUGUGAGAAUAGCAGAGAGAUGUUGCCGCCCUGCUGUCAAAAACUCUUGUUUCAUCCAAGAGAGACUCCAAAUGCAAAGUGCCAACAUUUUUCUGAGGUUUCUCUCCAAUGUUUGCAACAGCCAAGUGAAUCUGAAAUCCUUCAAGUAUGGGUUGUCUGCAUAUUAUGGAAAUCUCCUAGGACUAUCUUUUGAAGAGACAUCAGCCAUAUCUGGUCGUUUUCAGUCUGGGCUGGAAAAAUGCUGUUUACAGCCACAACCUGAAUGUAUAAUUGAAGAGCUAACAGGCUUUCGGAAAGUUCUCUGCGUUGAAUCCAAACUGGAUGCCAUGUCCGAGGAUUUCGGGAGGUGCUGCAGUAAGCCUGGCCUGGAUGCUCUUCCCUGCAUGUACGAUUUGAAAAGGCAACCCCGUCAGUCUCCAGAUGUAGCCAAUCCUGUUUCUUCUAAGCUCUGCGAGGAAGCUCAACCCCACGGGAUUGACAGAUACUUAUUUCUAUUUGGAGCGAACCAUGCCUCCGUUUCCCUUCCUACGCUGACGACCAUUCUCGAUCGAACCAAGAAAAUCGUAACAGCCUGCUGCUCAUCUGCUGAUGCGACAGCGUGUUUAACAGAGAAGGAGAGUAAAUUGAAAAAGACUAAAGCACUUCUGUCCAAGUUGGAUGACACUUGUUCGCAGUAUUUCAGACUGGAUCAGCCUUCGUUCAAAACUCUGGUGCUGACGGAGGUGCAGGGGGAGGGUGCUGAGAAGAAAACACAAGCUUGGCUGGACUUGGCCGCAUCCUGCUGUUACCAGAGCUCUCCGGCACAACUGUGUCAAAAGCUGACAGAGGAUGUUAUUAAAUAUGACGACGACGCUGUUUAAAGACUCAUAGGGUCAGAAGUUAUAUCGGAUGAUGAGAUCUCCCAGAUUCCCUCUCUAAUAGGAAAUGUCAUCCUUCACUAUUUGAGGUGUUGUUUUCUCUUUAAAUAAACUUUCCACUCGCUUCGAA